AGAGAUCUUUUUUUCUUUUUUCUGGGACCGGGGUUUUAUUUACGUUGAAAGAAGUGUUUUGGAGAGGGUUGAGGUGGUGACGUCUGUUUUCUCGAUCUCAAGAACAUGAACAGCAUGGUAGACCGCGUUCUGGAGGACCCGAUAGGGUCGCUCCAGGAAACCGCCCCGCCGCCCCGGCUGAGACCACAAACUUCCAAGCCUGCAAUGCGAACGAGAGCGGUCAACAAGUCGCCGCAAAGGCCAGGGACCGCACAUGGACGUAUUAUACAUGAUUUUGAUGUUUUUGUGACGCAUACAGUAAGUACGUAAAAUUAUUGCAAUGAAUAUCCGAACUGAUUGCGUUUUCGUGUGUGCGGGACAUCAAAGAAAUUCGCCGCUCGAGAAUGAAUUUUGUUUCUGUAUGUAGAAAUCUCUAUAACCACAUCAGGCUACCAAGUUCUGAAGGCCGGUCCGACGAUGGGCGCAAAUAUGGUAACUCCGCUGUGCAAGACCCACGUAAAAAAACCGCCGCCAUUUAACAACUUCCUCGUUUUCGUCGUCGAUGUCGAGGACGCAGAGCGAAUGCAGGCCGCAAAAACGGUGCAGGAGUUGUCGGAGGAUAUUUUAGACGCCCUCGGAUUGAAGCUCCCGCAUGGAAAAGAGCUUCAGGCGAUCUACUCUGGGUAUCAUGUAUGAGAGCAAAAAGAACAUGUUGAGUUCGUGCUCGGUUUUGUACGUGUUUUCAUCGACUUUAAAUUUUACGAUUCUUCGAUGUGCUAUGCAAAAUAAACUUCCGGAAGUUUGGGCCAGCAAAAAUCCGUAUCCUCCCUGCAGGUACGAGGGCCCCGAACGGAUAUCCAUCAGUUCCGACGGCGACCUGGUUGACUACUAUGCCCGAUUUAGUAGUAGCGGUAACGAAAACGAGGAUUCCGGAUACGAUGCGAGGAAAGAUCCCGAACUCCAGGACGUGAUCCGCGAACUAGAGAAGAUGCGGCUGGGCGGCAUUUUAACAAAAAUGCAGAUGACGAAGUACCUGCGACUACUCGGCGACAGCCGCAUGUUCUUCCUGAAGACGCAGAAGGAGCUGUCGCAGACCCGGGAGGAGCUCUUUGACUUGCAGGAGUCGAUGCCCGCGAAAAUCGAGCUGGCAGCCAAGCGAGCGGUCGACAAACGGGAAGCGGAGCUGUUCAAGCAAUUCGAGCAAGAAAAAGCCACACUGCUGGCCAAAAUUCGGGAAGAAACGCAGAAGAUGAUCGGGCCGCUCCGGGACGCGGCGGAGAAAAGCAAAGCGGCCUUGAAGGAGCUACAAAAGGUAUCAAAUGUAAAAAUGUCUGGGUCUGGAAGAAUGCAACUUGUGAUGCUGCAUUUGGAUUCGAAAAAAAUCCGUAUUGCAUGAGUACCAAAGGGAAUGCAAUUUUUGCUACGUUGAGAAGGCAUUUGUCAUGCGGAAUACGCAUCAAGAAGCCCUCAAAAAAUCUGUAUUGCUAGGGUAUGCAUCACAGACAUCAUGGCUCAUGCAAAACGUGCAUGACAAGUUUCAGAAUCUUCCAGACCCAGACAUUUUUACAGUUGAUAAAAGGAAUACCAGAACAAAAAGGCGGAAUUGUCUAAAACGCAGACCAAAUUAGAGGGGAUGGAAGGUAUGAAAGAAGUUUUUGACAAGCAUGGAUAGUUUUUCCUCACUAGCAUAGAUACCAUACAGGGUUCUUCAAAACUGCAGUUCGACAGUUCUCAAUGAAAGGCAUUAUGUGAAAUAUAUACACUGCUCCUUUAAAAAAGAAACCGUCCGCACGGCUGACUCCCGCGCGCAGGAGCUGGGCGAGCAGCUGCGCGCCGCGGAACAGCAAAUCGCCGAGGACGCGGCGAGAAAGACGCAACUAGAGCAGCAGCUGGCCGAGGCCAUAGAUGUGAUCGAUAGCAACGGGCUGGAGCGGCCGGGCUCCAGUAGCAGCAGCGGGGAGCAGGACGGCGGGAAAAACAGUAAAAACAAAUUUCUCUGGAACAUCCCCAAGAUCCAGACCAAGGUGAGCUGGCCGCGGGAGCGCAGCAUCUGCAGCAGCGACAAGAAGCUCCAGGACCUGUCUUCAGUCGUCAUCGAGUUCUACCCGGGGGGCGUGGAGGCGAGUUUCCCGGGCUACUGUGCGUUGCGGCUGCACGUGCCGGACCGCACGCGGCUCAAGUGGUCCGUCAUCUUCGGGAAGAACCAAAAAACGCACGACUGCGGCCAGCGCAGCGACGAUUUCGCAAAGGACCUGUGGUGGUGCCGAAACGGUAUUCUGUGGCUAUCAACUGUAAAAAUGUCUGGGUCUGGAAGAAUUCAUGUUUGUCAUGCUUGUCUGGCAUGACUCUUAAAUCUGUCAUGCACGUUACCCAAGAGCUCCGUUUUUCUGUGAUGCAGAAGCGCAGUCUGUCAUGCAGAAUAGGCAACACCGAGGAGCUCAGAAACUUGUCAUGCUGAGCCAGCAUUUGUGGCCUCAUCAUGAGACGGCACCCAGCAUCACAAGUUUCCAGACCCAGACAUUUGUACAUUUGAUAGUGGCCAAACGUGUGCAAACUCGAGGACAUCAAGCGCAACAUCGACCGGUAUGAACUGCAAAAGUAUCGUACUCGUAUAAAUGCAUUACAAAUUUCCUCAGCAUGAGAAAUAAAAUUUGUAUAUAAUGCGGAUUUACCUUAAGAACAAGAUUGGUAAUGCAUGAUUGCAGAACGAGUACGAUACUUUUGCACAGGAUAACCGGGAGACGGACUCUAUUCAGCUCGCGUUCGAGGCCCUGACCGUGAGUCAACUACCCGUGGCGGCGGCGGACGCGUCGGCAUCGCGGUCCAAGUCGCUCGGGCGCCCGCGGACCGCCUCCGCCAACUUCGCCAGCCGGGGGAACCUCAUCAUGGAAGAGGGGCAGCGAAAAAAGCUGGAGAACCUACUAUGGAUUGUAAAAAUGUCUGGGUCUGGGAGAUUGCGAGAUUUGUUGAGUAUGCUAGUCUGGCAUGACUCUGGGAUCUGUAUUGCGUGGCAACCAAGAGCUCCCCUAGCCUAUCAUGCAAACACGCAGUUUCUCAUGCGGAAUACGCAACGCAGAAGCAUGAAAAAACUUGUCAUGCUUGGCGGCGCAUUACAGUGUCCUCCUUAUUCAGUGACCUGCAUCACAACUUUCCAGACCCAGACAUUUUUGCAUUUGAUACCUCCCGCCCUUUGACAAGUCGCUGGUCAAGAUUUUCUACGACGCCGAACUGCUGAAUAACGCCUGGCUGCUAUCCUGAGUAAAAACGUCCCCACACCAGAGUCAGGAUGGGGAUUUUGCAACACAAACCUAGGAGUUUUGGGAGUCACGCAUGACAGGUUGCACUCCGCAGUGUCGUGCAGGUCAGCAAGUGCAGCCGCAUCACAGAUUCAUCUGCUCAUCCUGUUCACAGCAUCAAAAAUUCCAAUACACGAUUAGAAAUGGCUCUCAUGGGGAUGCGCAUUACAAGUCUUCCUGUCUUUGCAGAUCUGCAUUACAACUCUGGCGUGGGGACGUUUUUACUCAGGACAGCUGCAAGACUUUGUGGCGGGCUGGCUGGCGCAGAAGCGAUUCGUCCAGCACGCGAAGCAGGUCUCGAAGGCGUAAUGGGAAGGUGGCGCAUGUUGUUCUCUAGUAAGUAUGGUCUUCAGGUAUCGUGCUAGUGCUAUUGAUAAAUUGUAUUUUUCUUUCAUCUCCUCCUCGUCCUGAAAAAUGAAAUUUUAGAAUUGGAAAAUGAAAACUUCGUGGCCUUAUUUUUCAAUGUGAUACGGAAAGCGAAAGAUAAAAAAUAAAAAUGAUCGGACGAAGGAGAACCGGGAGCGAAAGUUCAGUAAAAAAACAUCGGCCAAUAAAGUCCACGCACUGAAGCAAGAAAAACCUACGUACAUUGGCGACCACUGCUGCAGAAGUGUAUUACUUUGCAGUAUAAAAAAUCAUGUGGUUUUUGUGUGGAGCUAUUCUAGUACAACAUGAGAAUGUAGAAGUUGAUGUGAUAAAGGCCGUACCCAUUCUUGUUCUAUGUAUACCAUUUAUUUUUUUAUCCAAACUAGAUUUUAGCAUCAGUAUCAGAGAUGAUAGCAACCUUUUCGGAAGAGAUUUUAGCAAAGCAAGCUGCUUCACAUCGCAGUGCGAGCAGCAGGGCAAGAGGCAACGCAUGAGUUUCUAGUGCAAAGAGUUCAGCCCUUGUUUCGUAUUUUACUUUUCAAUCUAGCACAUUGAUUGUUUCACUACUUGUUUGUCAUUUUGUCCAUUAUACAGUGUCGUGUCGUCCAUUCAAAUUGUUUCUGCAGCAGAUUUUUAGCUUUAGGCAAAGAUAGGAAGUACAGGAAACAGAAAUAGCAAUAACAAGUGUACCAUAAAAUUGUUUGACGAUUUGCAUUUGCUGAAACCGGCUCCGUCGCGGAAUAUGACUGUGGGAUGAGGCCACUUGCAAUUUGAAUUUGAUGCAACCAAUUGUACAAUAGUUUUGAACCGUGGUGAGACUUUACAGCAAGCUGAAUGUGGUAUGUCUAUGGCAAAAAAGUCGCAACAGCCUAAAGGUAUGUCGAUCUUCUCGACACAGUACUUUCUACCAAGCUGUCUCACACGGACGAAUGCGGC